CAGAUGACAUAUGCUCGACGCUUGUGACCCAUAUUCGAAGAAAACUGACAAAUUCACGACCUCGAUUUUGGAGCACUUGAUUCAAGAGAAAUGUACAAAUACCUUGCGCUGUGUCUAGCUCUUCUAGUUCUCACGUGUGCCGCCGGAGUCCAUGAACCUGACACUUGGAAUCCUUUCCAGCACGAGUUCUUUCAAGGCGUCAAACCUUUCCAACCUGCAGCGCCUUCUUUGGAUGGACUCUUGAGUCAAGGGUAUCAGCAAGGCGCCGUACAAGGAAGAGACCAGUGCGAGGUCUACAAAGUAGGUUUCACGCAAGAUCUGUACUUCCAGUAUAUUCAGUAUAAGACUGAAAUCCCAGACAUCAAGCAGUUCACGUUGUGUUACUGGAGCAAGUUUUAUAACCACAGCAAUGAUCACCCAAUCUUUUCAUAUGCGGUUGACGGCCAACCAAAAGCCAUCCAUUCCUGGAUAUCCAACACGGAGAGGUCAAGCUACUUCAGCAUGGCGGUGGAAGGUCACACUUUCUAUAGACUUAACUACCCAUUGCGACUGAACAGAUGGUAUCAUACGUGCCAGAGUUGGAAUGGCAAGACUGGAGAAUGGCAAAUCUGGGUCAACGCCGAAAGAGUGGGUAGAGGAUUCCACAACAGGUUGGUAGGUCACGUCAUACCUGGUGGAGGUAUCGCUAUCACAGGACAAUCGCAGAGUCAGCUUGGAGGAGGCUUCCAAGAAGGCGCUGAAGCUCCAAAAGGAUCUGGAGGCAUGCUAGGAGAAAUCACCAUGGUUCAAUUCUACAGCGUAGCUUUAACUGCUGGAAAAGCACACAAGGACCACAAACACCACCACGCUCACCAGUUCGACCACAACGGAAGGUCCAUCACCACUCAAGCCCCCACAACCCCCAGAAACCAUCCUACUUUACCGGCACAUCCCCUACUGACAGGUGGUCAGAUCAACCCCAACGUGAAAAUCAACCUAGCUGCGCAAAAUGUGCCCGGACAGCAGUACGACGUUCAAUUUCUAAACGGACAGUUUGUUUCGAAUUUGGUUACGCAGCAGCUGAGUCAGCAACAAGCUCAACAAGCUCAACAGGCUCAACAAGCUCAACUCUUCACUCCUCAGGCUCAGCUACCAGUACCUUCAGGCGAGGGAUCCUAUUCUAGCCAAUUUCUGAGCCUGGGAAAUAAUCCAAUUUUGAACAAUGGAUUCAGCCACUCUUUACUAGAGAACGGUCAAUCAGGUCUGGAUGCUCACACUCUGUUUAAACGUCAGAGUGAAGAGAGCUCUGAAGAAAAUACUGCUGAGAAACCUGAGUUCGGAGACAAAGUCGUUGAAAAGACUAACAAACACGAAAAGAGGCAGGUUAUUCUAGGAGGAUACCGAACACAAUUGAACGCUGAUGACCUGAGCUCCUAUGACCAGAGCCUGCUUUAUGGCUUAGCCGGUAUUGGAGAGAACGAGGGGAUUUCCCAGCAGCAGAAACAGGAAGAUGAGAGAGAACCCGCUGAAGCGGAGGUUAAAGCCGUGCUCAAUGUCUGCAAUGGGUGCGACGAAGAGCCUUUUGAUAAGGCUUUAAUAUUUGGGUGGAGGACUGUGCCGAAGAAGCUGUAUUCGGGUGCUUUUUACUCACCUGCUGUUCCGGAGUGCAAGGUUUUCUAGAUGUUAGUUGUGUGAAAAUAUUUUAGGGUCGAAUGAAAGAAACAAUUUGUGUGAAAGCAUUGAAGCGAUGAUUUCCGACAAGUACAACUAUCUGAGUGUUACUGGCACAAUUACUUACUUUGAAAAUGUAAGUCUACGAUCAUUCUAUAAUAAUAAUUUGAGUUCAUAAUGUAACAGAGUAAACAGUAAGUAAACCUCGAUGAAUAUCCAUGAGUUGUAAAUCGAUUGAGCAGUCUCAGCAAUGAAAUUUUUUCCACCCUGUUUCCAAUUAAAUGUACAAAAUGCUUAGUUCUAGAUGUACAAGUAUACGAUUCAAUGUAAGUACUAUUUCCAUUGUUCUCUAAACUCGAACAUAAUUUGUUUUGUAACAUGUAAUAUUUAUAACAAAAACUUCAGGUUGUUAUGUUUUUUAAAAAAAAUCCUUUGGGAUUCAAGCAUAAAUUAUAAUAUCAACAAAA